ACCACCUCCUCCCACCUCUGGCCUCGAGGCUCCGAUUUUCUCUGAUUUGCCAAUGGAAUUGCUGGACCACAUCCUGUCCCCCCCGCCCAGGCCGGUCCGGAAAUACAGCAGCCCUGAUGUGUCCUACGGCCUGGGGGGCGCGAAGACCCUCAAGGUCAAGCAGCAGCUGGGUGAGGACGGCCGGCAGCUGCGACGGGGGAGCCUGGGAGGAGCCCUGACCGGCCGCUACCUGCUCCCCAGCGGCUCCGCGGAACGGCCAUGGCUGAGCGCGGCCGGCCCAACCAACCUCGUCCGGAUGCGCAGCCAGGCGCUCGGCCAGUCGGCGCCCUCCCUCACGGCCGGCGCGAAGGAGCUGAGCCUGCCCCGAAGAGGAAGUUUCUGCCGGACCAGCAACCGGAAAAGCCUGAUCGCCAAUGGCCAGUCUUCGGCCCUGCCGCGGCCUCGCUCCCCGCUCUCGGCUCAUGCAGGUCCUCUUGCAGGUAACAGCCCCCAGGACAGCCCGAGGACCUUUUCUCCCAGCACCUCAGCUCACUUUUCCUUCGCCAGAAGGACCGAUGGAAGGCGGUGGUCGCUGGCAUCCCUGCCCUCGUCCGGCUACGGGACCAACACGCCCAGCUCCACGGUGUCGUCGUCCUGCUCAUCGCAGGAGAAGCUGCAUCAGCUGCCGUACCAGCCGACCCCGGACGAGCUGCACUUUCUGUCCCGCCACUUCUGCGCCUCUGAGAGCAUCGCCACGGACGGCCGCUGCCGCGCUUCGGCCCUGCGGCCUCGCUCCCGCAGCCUCAGCCCCGGCCGCUCUGCCGCCUGCUGCGACCACGAGAUCGUCAUGAUGAACCACGUCUACAGGGAGAGGUUUCCAAAGGCCACGGCCCAGAUGGAGGAACGACUCCGGGAGAUCGUGACGAGCUACUCCUCGGACCACGUCCGGCCUCUGUCCGACGGCGUCCUCAGCUUCACGCUCCAUCAGUUGGUGGAGCUGGCACGCGACUGCCUGGAGAAGGCCUGCCAGGGCCUCGUCUCCUCCCGCUAUUUCCUCGAGCUGCAGCACAAACUGGACAGGCUGCUCCAGGAGGCCCACAACCGCUCGGACAGCGGCGAGCUGGCCUUCGUCCAGCAGCUUGUCAAGAAGAUCCUGUUCAUCAUCGCCCGCCCCGCUCGCCUGCUGGAGUGCCUGGAAUUUGACCCGGAAGAAUUCUAUUACCUCCUGGAGGCAGCAGAAGGCCAUGCCAAGGAAGGGCAAGGCAUCAAGACGGACAUCCCCCGAUACAUCAUCAGCCAGCUGGGACUCAACAAGGAUCCCCUGGAAGAAAUGGCACAGCUGGGCAGCUACGACAGCGGGGCGGCGGCCACCCCGGAGACGGACGAAUCCGCCGACAGCUCCGCCGCGGCGCUGAAGCUCCGGAGGGAACCUCGGGAAAGCGACUUCGAGACGAUUAAGCUGAUCAGCAACGGAGCGUAUGGGGCGGUGUACUUCGUGCGGCACAAAGAGUCCCGGCAGCGGUUCGCCAUGAAGAAGAUCAACAAGCAGAACCUCGUCCUGCGGAACCAGAUCCAGCAGGCCUUCGUGGAGCGCGACAUCCUCACCUUCGCCGAGAACCCGUUCGUCGUCAGCAUGUACUGCUCCUUUGAGACCCGCCGUCACCUGUGCAUGGUCAUGGAGUACGUCGAAGGAGGAGACUGUGCCACCUUGAUGAAGAACAUGGGUCCCCUACCCGUGGACAUGGCACGCAUGUACUUCGCCGAGACGGUGCUGGCGCUCGAAUACCUCCACAACUACGGGAUCGUGCACAGGGAUCUCAAGCCAGACAACUUGUUGGUCACGUCGAUGGGGCACAUCAAGCUGACCGACUUCGGCCUGUCCAAAGUGGGGCUGAUGAGCCUGACCACCAACCUGUACGAGGGCCACAUUGAGAAGGACGCCCGCGAGUUCCGGGACAAGCAGGUGUGUGGCACGCCCGAAUACAUCGCGCCCGAGGUGAUCCUGCGGCAGGGCUAUGGGAAGCCAGUGGACUGGUGGGCCAUGGGCAUCAUCCUGUUUGAGUUCCUGGUGGGCUGCGUGCCCUUCUUUGGGGACACGCCGGAGGAGCUGUUCGGCCAGGUCAUCAGCGAUGACAUCAGUUGGCCAGACAAGGAAGAAGAGAUUCCGCCUCCCGAAGCCCAGUGCCUGAUCACUCUGCUGCUACGCCAGGACCCCCUGGAGAGGCUGGGCACUGGAGGUGCCUACGAGGUCAAGCAGCAUCGCUUCUUCCGCUCGCUGGACUGGAACGGCCUACUGAGGCAGAAGGCCGAGUUUAUCCCUCAGCUGGAGUCGGAGGACGACACGAGCUACUUCGACACUCGCUCCGAGAAGUACCACCACAUGGAAACCGAGGAGGAAGACGAGGAGGACGAGACCAACGACGAAGACUUCAGCCUGGAAAUCCGCCAGUUUUCCUCGUGUUCCCACAGGUUUUCCAAAGUGUUUGGCAACAUCGAGCGGACCACGCGGCCCUCCGCCGGGGAAGGGGAGGACGCCGUAGACGAGGCCAAGGGUCCGGCCCCGCUGCCCCCGCCCGACGCUCUCGGCUGGACCGUGGCGCCGUCCGAGAUGGCCCGGCCCCCCGCCAUCCACACCCUGCCCACGCUGGCCAUUUCCGCCGAGGGAGAGAAGAGUUGGGGGGCAUCCCGAGGGGAGCCGCAACCGACCGGACGUCCCGCCCGGCGGGUCGGGCAGGAUGAGCCCGAGACCGCCGGUCCGGAGCACGUUGCCCGCAGUUCCGCCCUCUUGGUGGGCAGCAGCCCCCCAGGGCGCUGGGACCGGCCCGACGGACGGCCCGAGGAUGUGGACAGAGCCACCGCCACCGCUCCUGGGGGUCCAGUCAGCCCCCCGGCCCGGACGCAGCUCGAUGGCACCGUGGAGAAGAGCGAAAUCCACAAGUCCCUGUCCUCCGGCGCCUUGUCCCUCACGUUCGCCGGAGAUGCGUUCAGCGUGUCUCCCCUGGGGAGCCCGGGGUCCCCCCACUCGCCGUCCUCGGACCCCUCGUCCUCGCGGGACCCCUCCCCGAGCCGGGCCGCGCCCCCCGCCGCCGGCCCCUGCCCCGGGGCCCAGCAGCCCGUCGUGGUGCACAGCUCCGGGAAGAAGUUCGGCUUCACCAUCCGGGCCAUCCGCGUCUACGUGGGCGACAGCGACGUCUACACCGUCCACCACGUCGUCUGGAAUGUGGAGGAGGGCAGUCCCGCGGCCCAGGCGGGGCUGAGGGCUGGCGACCUCAUCACCCACAUCAACGGCGAGCCGGUCAACGGGCUGGUCCACCCCGAGGUCAUCGAGCUGCUGCUGAAGAGCGGGAACCUGGUGUCCAUGAUGACCACGCCCUUCGAGAACACGUCGAUCCGCACAGGGCCCGCUCGGCGCCACAGUUACCGCAGCCGGAUGGUCCGGCGCAGCAAGAAAGUCAAGAAGAAGGAGAACCUCGAACGGAGGCGGUCACUUUUCAAGAAGCUGGCCAAGCAGCCGUCGCCGCUGCUCCACCCCAGCCGCAGUUUCUCCUGCCUGAGCCGCUCCGUGUCGUCCGGGGAGAGCCUGCCGGGCUCUCCGACGCACAGCCUGUCCCCCAGGUCGCCCACCCCGAGCUUCCGCUCCACCCCCGACUUCCCCUCCGGGACAAACUCAUCUCAGAGCAGCUCACCGGGCUCCAGUGCUCCCGGCUCUCCGGCCGGGUCGGGCCAAGUCCGGCCCAGCACGCUCCACGGCCUGGCCCCCAAGCUGGGCGGUGCCCGCUACCGCUCUGGCCGACGGAAGUCAGCGGGCAGCAUCCCCCUGUCCCCGCUGGCCCGGACGCCCUCUCCCACACCCCCGGCCCGGCCCUCCUCCCCGCCGCUGCCGCAGGCCACUCACCCGCGGUCCCCGUCCCCGCUGCUGGGCACCCCCCGCCCCACCACCGCCAACGUCACCCCACCUGCCCGGGCCACCCCGGCCUUCGCGGUCAGGACGCCCUCGCCGGGCACCGGGGGCCACCCGGCCGGGCGGCCCAAGAGCGCAGAGCCGCCCCGAUCGCCGCUACUCCAGCGGGUGCGGUCAGAGGAAAAGCUGGGCCCACCCUGCGCCGGACGCAAGCCCGGCCUGGAGGGGAAGAUGCCCGGCCCGGAGGAGAGGAGGCCCGGCCCGGAGGGGAGGAGGCCCGGCCCGGAAGGGAGGCCGGAACCCGCCACGCUGCCUGGCCCGGAGGAGAGCAGAGGGGAGGCCCCGGCCGGGCCCCGGACGCGGGCCGUGGAGCAGGGCUGCCUCAAACGCCUGGCCGCCCGCCAGUCGGGCUUCCCGGACCCGCCGGGUGGCCCGGACCGCGAGAAGCCGGAACCGUGGAAGCGGAGUCCGGCCGGUCAGGACCCCGAGGCCCCUGUGGUCCCACGAAAGGAGGACAGAGACUCCCGCAGGGCCGGGGAGCGGCCGAGUCCCUCGGGAAUCGCCGGGGCCGGUGGCCGGCAGGGAGAUCGGCUUGUGCAGGGGAAGCCCAGCGGCCCGGAUUCCCCGGUGACCGGCCCUGGCUCCCUGUCCAAGGCCCAGGGCCACCCCCAACCACCCCCGGACCCAGCCAGAGGCAGAGGAGACGCCACCGUCCGAGAGCCACUCAGGGUGGAGAGACCGUCCGGAGGCCAGCUCCCGCACGUGGGUCUGCUGCGUAAGAGGGUGGCCAUCGCAGAGCAGGACGGAGGCGUCUGCCCGGGGCGCUGGCCCAAGUCGGCAGUCGGCGGCCUCAGUGGCUCCCAGCAUGGCACUCCCCGGCCUGUGGGCACGGAGCACCCACGGCCGCAGGAGAGCCAGGGCCCGGGCAUCGGCGGUACCUACCGGGCCUCCGUGGCCCUCCCGGCGCCCUCCACGGCCCUCAGGCCCCCAGGGAUCCGGGCCGAGAGCGGUCCGGAGACAGCGGACCCUCCCACCCGCAAAAGCCCGUCUGACCACCGGCCGGAGGGAAGGCCCGCGUCCUGCCUGAGGCCCAUUGAGGGCACGCUGGACAUCGCCCUGCUGUCCGGGCCUCCGGCCCCCACCUCGGGCAGCCGGGCCCCCCCAUCUGCGCCUCAGAGGGACGCCCCCUGCCCCAGGGAGCCUCCACCUGCCGGACCCUCAGUCAGCCGUUUCUGCGGACCGGCCCCGCGUACCCAGCCACCCGGCCGGCCUGGACCGGGGAAGGAUGAGACCGUCCCACUGAGCGCCAACACGGGUGUCCCACCUGCCGUACACCAGAAACAGGAUGUUGUCGCCUGGCCGCAAGAGCAGCAGUCUCCAGACAGCCUUGGCACGCAGCCUUCCGCCGCCCCCACGUCACCUGCCAGGCACGUGGUGCCCAACGCCCCAGGCCCCGCCGGCAGACAGCAGCAGCAGAGCCCAAGACCACCGGGCCCCACUGUUCAACGGGGCCGAGAGAGGGCUGGCCUGAAGGGUCCCUCCUCCCCACCUCGAGACGCUACUUUGGAUCCCACCCCCCGGCCUCGGGCCACGGAGAGACCACUGGGGCCUAGUGGACAGUCAGACCCCCGAAACACCAGCAAAGACUCAACCGGAACCCUCGCCAGGACCCCCCGCCAGCUGAAGGUCACCAUUGAGUCAUCCCGAGCCCCGGCUCGGGGCGAGAGGCAACCGGACCCACAGCAAGGGGGCCCUGGGGAUACCGGCCCGAGGAGCCCUGCGCCCCCAAAACCGCCCUCCACCCUAGACCACCCUGCCACCCCCAUUCGGCCUUCCCCGGACCCCUUGCCGGCCGGGAGAGACACGGCCCGGGGGGCGCAGGGGGCCGGGGCGUCGCGGGAGCUCUCGUCUUUGGUGGCGGCGAGUGGUGAUGGUCCACCCGCGCCCCAGGGCCGGGCUGCGGCCCGGGGCGGAGCCGACACCAGCCCGCGGAAGAAGCCGGCCACCGGAUGCGGCCCUGGAGACAGGGCACCGCUAAGUCAGGCUGGAGGCCGGGCCGAGACCAGCAGGCCCGUCCCCAGGCUCCAGGCCGCCCCUACGGCCCCUCCCCAGGCCAGAUGCUCGCAGGAGCCGGACGGCGCUCGGGAUCCAGCCCAGCCCUCGGGGGGUCCCGGCCUGUCCCCGAGGCGACCCAAGCCGGCCCCGACCCAGGACAGGUCCCUCAAGCCGGCGGAACAAUCAGGCUCCGGCCCUCCGGCCUCCUCUAACGACCCUAACCACGAGGCCCCAGCGCCCUCCGGGAACCAGGGCAAACCCCGGCCCAACCAGACGCAACCGGCCCCGGCCAGCGGACCAGGGGGCGGGCGGCGUCUGCCGCCGACCGCCGGGUCUGCCCCACCGACCGGCUCCCCGCAGAAGGCUCAGGGCCCGACCCCUGUCCUCCCCGGGCCCAGACGGGACUCGACCUCCCCAGCCCGGGCAGAGCCGGGCUCCGGAGAGCCACCGGCCGGCGGUGGGGGCAAUGUCAGUGGCCGCUGGGAGCUGAGGAAGCCCGCCUCGGGGGCGGAUGGCCAGAUGCACGAGGCCAAGAGUGCUUCACUCCCGCCCUGCUCGCGCAACCCACCCCCUGCCGCCACUCCCGUGGUCCCACCAGAUCGGGUCUCGUGCAGGCCAGACCCCGCCGGACGGCCUGAUGGCCGAGAUGCGGGCAGGGCGGCCCCCUCCGUGGACAGAGACUGCACCCUGCGGCAGAGGCGGGGACGGGAUGGUGCGCACAACUGCCCCCUCAAAAAGUCCUAGCGGCCACGGGCCG